AUGGACUGGGAGCCCAUGGAUACCGCCGGAGGUCGAUCGCCCACCCCAGACAUCAUGAACGACCCGGCCUUCGAAACGAACCAUGGGAACAGAGCGGGAGGUCCAGAAGAAGCAGACACAUGCCGGAUAUGCCGUGGGGAAGGGACUGAUGAGGAGCAGCUCUUCUACCCCUGCAAGUGCAGCGGGAGUAUCAAAUUCGUCCACCAGAACUGUCUCAUGGAGUGGCUCUCCCAUUCGCAAAAGAAGCACUGCGAGCUGUGCAAGACCCCUUUUCGAUUUACGAAGCUUUAUGACCCGAAUAUGCCCAGCGAGUUACCGGUGCCAGUAUUCUUGAAGGAGCUGUUUCUACAUGCUUGCCGCGCGAUACUUACUUGGCUGCGAUUCGGCCUGGUUGCCUUUGUGUGGCUCGGGUUACUCCCAUGGUCGAUGAGAACAAUAUGGAGGGGUCUAUUUUGGCUGGCGGAUGGAAGAUGGCCCGCCCCAGAUACAAUGCAGAGACCUGUUUCAUCGGUAGCCAACAGAAGUGUGGCAUGGCUAGCUGCUCAUGGAACGUCUCCUGCAACGCCAACUCUUGCAUGGGAUGUACCUAGCAUGUCUGCUGCGACUGGAGGCAUUUUAGAGGCCAACUCUCCAUCUCGGAGUGCUCCUUCGAUGCUCAAUUUUUCCACCGGUGAACCUUUGAUAUACUCCAUUGCAAAAACCUUUCUUUCCAAUGCCUUCUCCACCCCACAAUCCCCCAGUUUGAAUCAGUCAUCUGCAGCUCCACCAAUAAAGCGCAUACGGCAGCCAUCGUGGCUCUCCGACAUUACCUUUCUAAACAAUGCUACCUCCUCACCAACCUUGAAUAACGUCAUCAUUGAUACCUUAGAAGGACAGCUUAUCACCCUACUUGUUGUGAUAUCCUUCAUCCUGGUGUUUUUGAUUCGAGAGUGGGUGGUCCAGCAGCAACCCGCAAUUAACAUUCCCGAGGGCGAGGGAGAAGCUCUGGGCCAGCUUUUUAAUCGUGUCGUGGAGCAGCACGCGGAGCAAGAGGCACGUCGUCAAGAAGCAGAUGAAGAGGAAGAAACAGAAGAGGAGGAGGAGGAGGAAGAGGAAGAAGAAGAAGAAGAAGCCGAUGGUGAAAUCGAAAACCCCGAGACUUAUCACCCACAGGAAGAAUCGGGCCAUGAACCUGAAACCGGACUUGAUAGUACUCCUCUGCAGAGAGGAGGCAUGUUUGACGAGAACGCCUUGCCCGACGCGCAAACAUAUAAUCCUUUUGCUCCUAACUACGCGGGCCCAUUCCCCGAGAAUUCUCCUUACUAUCAUCAUGCUCACGCACAGGAACCACCAAUAUUCCGCGGCAAUUUUCACAACCACAACCGGCCGUUUCGGAUACCAGUCGAUGCUUCCAAUCGACCCAGUAUGUGGGACGAACCACAGACAAAUUUUACAAGUCGAUUAGAAGGGAGUCGGACCAAUUACCCCGAGUUUGGAGCAGGCGAUCGUAGAGAAAAGGCAGACGAUACUCCUGAUCAAGGCUCUUCCUCUAGAACACCUAUAACAGAGCAAGAAAAUGUACUUCCUUUCAACCCAUUCACCGGGCAGAUAACUCAGUGGAAGUUCCCCGACUUCAAUGGAGAACAGGCAUCACCAAUCGACGAGCCAAGCCAACAGCAGCCGCCAACAGUUCCUGCCGCUGCCGCUAACGCCUAUGAUAAUCAAGCUCAUGCUCUGGCUCAUGAACAUAAUGAGCCAGACAUAGAUAAAGACAUGGAAGUUCCUACCUCGGAUAUUCGGGUUCCAGACUCUCCGCCGGAGGACCCGAAUAACAAUGUACCAAACCCAGAAAUUGUUCCUAGUACUUGGAAUGCAGAAGAGGGAUCACGGAAUGAACCAAAUUCAGAGGGUAGCACACAAGAGCAAGUGGAAAGUCCUUCACUGGCCCAAGCUGCUGCAGCUGCUCCUAGAGAAGAACUCCUGUAUACUCCGAUAACUCCACCUAGAAACUUCAUGGACAGAGUGUUCAACUUCUUUUGGGGCGCCAUUCCGAUAGUGCUUCCAGACCCGGAAGACGCAGAGGGUGGUGCUGACCGCCAACCAGCCCUUAUCCGGCAACACCAACGGCACAGACGUGGUAAUGAUGUCAAUGAAGCUGCUAAUCGUGCCCGUGGUGCUGCCAACGACGCUGGGGAUGGCAACGAUCCCGAAGCGGUUGAAGAUGUAGAUGACCUUGAAGGCGUUAUGGAACUAAUCGGUAUGCAUGGGCCAUUAUUUGGCUUGCUGCAAAAUGCAGUGUUCAGCGCACUUUUAAUAUCCUUUACCGUUUCUGUUGGAAUCUGGCUUCCCUAUCUAUGGGGUAAGAUUGCUCUGGUGAUGCUGGUCAAUCCUAUUGGUUUAUUUAUUCGAGUGCCCCUAACUGCUGUCUCUAUGCUGGCUGAUAUCACCGUCGACCUUAUCCUUGGAUGCUUUGCAUAUGUGGUCUAUCUCAUGAACGUCUUGGUUAGGGCAAUUCUAGCCCAACUCGGCUUGUUCAUCCCCAGUCUCGGGAAGCUCUCCGCAGCUAAUUCCAUCACCUUCGCAUCUCUCUCCUUGAUGGAGGGUAGCAGCCAGAGGUUGACGGGAAUUCUCACCGCAGUUUUCACAUUCCAUGAGUCUGAUCUCCCCAUGUUCUCUGCCAUAUCACAUGAGGCCCUGAAACUACAUCAAGCCAGGAUUUCCUACCUAGGCAGUGUACUUUUCAAGGGUGGCAGGGCGCUACUCCGUGAUAUUCCCUUGAGUAUAAUGCAAUCGGAGAAUCCUCUCUUGGCAGUUAAAAAUUUCAUUCUCGCCGAUCUUCCUCGGGUUCCUGGCUUAGCAAUGAGUGCCGUGAAGAACACUGGUGGGGUUUUUGGAAUCAUAAACUGGCUAACAGAUUGGUCAACUUCGGAUACUCUUAUCCAAAGCUCCUCGAACUAUGACUUAAGUCGAUGGAGUUCCAAAGAUCGACUUAUCGCCAUAAUCCUGGGAUACUGUUUUGCAUCCCUUCUUGGUAUCGCGUAUCUGCGUAUAUCCGGCAUCAUAUCCGGAACCCGCCGUGACGGACAAAGAAGAGAUGGCCCAGUUGCUGAGAUACUUCGCCAGGCAGGUGGUGUGAUGAAGGUCAUCGUUAUAAUCGGGAUUGAAAUGAUUGUUUUCCCAUUAUAUUGCGGCAUCUUAUUGGACAUUGCUUUACUACCUCUCUUUGGAAACGGCCUGUUUGCCUCUCGCGCAGCGUUUACUUUGGAAUCACCGUUAACUUCCCUCUUCGUCCACUGGUUUAUCGGAACUUGUUAUAUGUUUCACUUUGCGCUAUUUGUCUCCAUGUGUCGAAAGAUUAUGCGCAGCGGUGUUCUCUGUAAGCCAUCGUCUACCCUUGCAUUUCCUACUUUAUUUUUAAUAAUACUAACCCCAGCAGAUUUCAUUCGAGAUCCAGAUGACCCUACAUUCCAUCCAGUGCGUGAUGUACUUGAACGAAGUAUUACUACCCAACUUCGAAAGAUUGCAUUCAGCGCCCUAGUAUAUGGAGCCCUAGUUGUUAUCUGUCUAGGUGGGGUUGUUUGGGGUUUAUCACUAACAUUCAGUGGAAUUCUUCCGGUAUACUGGUCUUCGAAUGAACCGGUUUUGGAGUUCCCAGUAGACCUUCUCUUUUACAACUUUGUGAUGCCUGUCGCCAUUCGAGCAAUCAAGCCAUCGGAUGGAUUGCAUGCGAUUUAUGACUGGUGGUUCCAUGAAUGCGCGCGAAUGCUUAGACUUACACAUUUCCUCUUUGGUGAGAGAAAGCCUGAUGAAGAGGGAUAUUAUGAACACCUUUCAUGGCGGGACUCUAUCCUCAGCAUAUUUACAAAACAAAAGCCCCAACCUAGGCGUUUCCUCCGUAAUGGAAGAUUCGUUCGAGCACCGGCAUCUGACCAAGUGAGGAUACCCAAGGGUGAACAGGUAUUCGUUGAAAUCAAUGAGAACAAUGAACGUAUAGAUGGAAAGCCAGACAACGACGAGGGCCGCCAUGGGAAGAAGAACGCGAUGUACUCUCCAGUUUAUGUCCCACCCAAUUUCAGAGCCAGGAUCUUCGCCUUCCUACUACUGCUAUGGGUCUUUGCUGCGGUCACGGGUGUUGGAAUUACAAUAAUACCACUCAUACUUGGGCGUCGAAUGCUGUCGUGCAUGUUCCCACCUCAUAUUCGUGUCAACGACAUAUACGCGCUAUCAGCCGGAGUAUACGCUAUUGGAACGGUAUAUUAUGCAUACCUACACUUCAACAAAAUAUCGGACACCUUCCGUGAAGGUAUCCAGCCGUACACGAGAUCACCGAAACAACUACUUUACAAAACUUACUGCCUGGCGCUUCGCGGUCUUCGGGUGAUUUACCUAGCCGCUGCAGCUGCACUGUUCCUCCCCUCCGUUUUUGCCUUAAUCACGGAGUUUUACCUGUUAAUACCACUUCACACUUACCUAAGUCCAUCAGAAACCCACGUUAUCUACUUCGUGCAGGACUGGACUCUGGGAAUCCUAUACGCCCGGAUGGCAGUUCGAUUCCUGCUCAGAAAACCUAUGUCUCUACCGGCCAUGGCGCUGCGUGGUAUCGUUCGGGACGGCUGGACCAAUCCUGACAUAUGGCUAGCAACAAGGGUCUUUUUCAUCCCUCUGUCCCUCGCUGUAUUUGUUGCUACAGUCUGUCCACUCCCCAUCGGCUAUAUCCUAAACUCCACCUUAUUCUCUGAAUCGUCUUCAACAUUCCACUCUCAGGUCUAUCGAUACUCCUACCCUGCGUUUUUGGUAUUGAUCCUUCUUCUCUGGGGAUUACAUUUGCUUCAACGACAGAUUGGUGUUUGGCGGGUUAGUAUUAGAGACGAUGUAUAUAUGAUCGGGGAGCGGCUUCACAAUCUCGGCGAAAAACGUGCAAGGAAUGUUGGUCCGGCUAGGAGGAUGAUUACUUCGUGA